UGGAGUUGCCCCCUCCUCCCAUUAUGUCUUCUGCAGAGGUACCAGUAAUGGUUCGCAAAGAUAUGCCUCGGCUGGCUGAAGUACAGCAUACUGUUCAGCCAGAAGCUGCCGUACAGGAAAACUCCUUAUUAAAUAAGAUGCCAGUUGGUCCUUCCACAAAGGACUUACUGGAGGCUGGACCUUCCACUUCAUUAGAUAUCCCAAUCGUCGUGUUCCUGCUAGAAAAACUUUUGCGGCGGUAGAAAGAAGACUUCGAGGAAACGGAUACAUUCAACCUCAUCCUGAAGGUCGUCCUGACAGAAGACGUCUUAUUCGCGAUGUAGAACUUGAAGAAGUUUUGCUUGGCAAUUUACAAGAUCAGAAUUCUGAAACUAGUACCAGAAAAAUGGCGACACAGUAUAAUGUUUCACAUACUACGAUUGCCAUACUACGAAAAUUGCGAAUGAUAAUCUUUUAUCCCCUACCUGUGCAGGAAUUGGCUGCUGCGGAUUUACUUAACAGGAUAGAUUUUUGUCAAUGCACCUACCCGUCUGUUAAAACGGAAAUUUUCGAGUGAUUCUGAGGAUGAAUCACCUCAAAUCGUCACUGUGGAAGUUAUGAUUCAUCAUAAUGCCGAUACUCAUAUUGAACAAAACUUCCCGGGAUCUUCAUCACUUGUUGCAGCUUCUACACAUUCUAAUAACACUCCUGUACCAAUUUUAACCCCACCAAUGCCUCAAGAUGUUAUAGAAAUUGAUGUAGAGAACAUAGGUGAUGAGAUAAUUCCUGAAUUAUCUCCAUCUUUAUUAGAUGACCUCCAAAAUGAAUUUGCUGAUUUACCAUUUAACAAUCGGAGACAAACAGCAAAUCAAAUGGAUGCCGCCAUAGCUGAUAUUCCUACGAGAGAAGACAUUCAACAAGAUAUAGAACGUCUACGGAAUAUCGAAAAUCACUUACCAACAUACCUUCUGGCUAGCGAAAGAAUUGUACUAGGCGGAACUUACAAUUUAGGUCCACUCGAUCAAAUUUGUAUUCAUUGUUCUGCUUUUUAUUUUCGUGUAGAGCCCGCAAGUCGUGGACACUAUACAAAAUGCUGUCAACAAGGUAAUGUAAUUUUAGAAAAUUUACCACCUAUGCCUGAUGUUUUAGCAGCUUUGUUUCAAGGCUUACAUCCUUUGUCUGCCCAUUUCAGAAGGUAUAUAUUAUUAUAUAAUUAUAGUUUUCAGUUUGUAUCUUUAGAGGCAAACCUACGAGAUCUCCCUGUAAGAGGUCCAUAUGUCUUUUCUGUUAGAGGAAAAGUAUAUCACCACAUUUCCAAUGUAAAUGUUAAUGAGCCGUUGCAACGCUACGGACCUAUUUAUUUUCUAGAUCCAGACGAUGCCGUCAAUGCCCGAGCACAAAACAAUAAUCAAGUCUUAGACAGACGAUUAAUUGUUCUUUUGGAACAAUUGCUAAGGGAUAUAAAUCCCUAUGCUAGGGCAUAUAUGCACCUACGAGAACGUUACAAUUUAGAACGGCAAACUAUUGACAUACUUCGAGCAGAAGCCGUUCGUAAUAACGUAGAACCUCUCCCUUUACAAAUGCCAAAUAUAACAUUAGAAUUGUUAAAUGUUCGUGGAAUGAACAGAAGGCAAUACGAUUUACCUAGAGUCGAAGAAGUUGCAGCUGUGUACAAUUUAAUGCCAGACGCCCCAGCAACUCCUAAUAUGCGUAUUUAUGUACGCGACGAACCCACCAGGUUCCAAAAUGUCUCAGAGGAAAGUGAGCAUAAUGAUCCAUUAGUAUUUCCUCUACUGUUUCCUCAAGGAGAACCGGGAUGGUAUAUAGGAAUGCCCCAUAGAAAUAAUAAUCGCAAUAUAACAUUAUGCGAGUAUUAUGCGCAUCGUUUUGGAAUUAGAAAUAAUGAUUUCAGACUUAAAUAUGGAGGCAGACUAACACAACAAUUUGCUGUCGCUGCGUAUAUCAAAAUCGAAAAUAAUCGUAUCAAAUAUAUAUUACGCAACCAAGAGAGGUUAAGAGUGACAGAAUAUGUUGGGUUGGCCAAUUAUCUACAUCGUAGGGUCCAGGAAGGCAAUGAGGAUGACGAGGCCGCAACAUUGGGUAGAAUGGUCAUUUUACCAUCAAGCUUUAUAGGAUCUCCCCGAUACCAACAACAGCUAUUUCAGGACGCCAUGGCAGUUGUUGGACGCUUCGGUACACCCAGCCUUUUCAUUACGAUGACAACCAAUGCACGAUGGACAGAAAUAGUGGACAAUAUUCCCGCAGGUUAUACUGCGAGUGACCAUCCAUCUCUCAUGGACAGAGUAUUCCAGUGCAAAUUAAAUGAAAUGACCGGACUACGAUUAGGCAAGACUGUGGUUGAAAAUAAACCCCGGCCCUAUAAGAUUAUAUUUAACAAUGCAGAAACAGCCCUCAAUGUACUAAAAAAUAAAAAUAAACUACCGCCUCAUGCAGGUGCAAUAAAAAUAAAACAGGACAUGACUCCCAACCAAAUGUCCCACCUCAAUGAACUGCGUAAAGAACUGCAACAAAAAUUGGAAACAAAUAAAAAUCUUACAAUCAAGUAUGUUAACAAAAUACCGAUAAUUGUAGACGUGUCAGCACAAAUACCCAAUGCAAAAAGGAGCCGUGAGCAAAGAUCACCCCAGGGACUCCCUCCCGGAAAAGUGCCAAAACCUGGCGUAGCUACCAGUCAGUAGCAAUCACUUGAUAUACUUUUUUGGAACUGUCAAGGUAUAAACAGCUUAAAUGAUAUGGAUAUUCAAGAAAUUAACCUUUUAAAUAAAUUUCCAAUUAUUGGUCUAGUAGAAACCUGGAUUACCUCUGCCGAACCUAAACUUCCUAAAUCAUUAGAUAACUAUAACUUUUUUCAUAGCCCAGCAACAAAAGAUAAACAAAAAGGCAGAGGUAGUGGAGGUAUACUGCUUCUUGUCUCAAAACCCAUUGUAAUAAAAUCAGCAAACAUUGUUAAUAUAUGUAACAUGUGGAUAUUUGUUCGAAUACAGAUAGUUAAUCUUUUUAUAAUUAUAGGUAUUGUAUACUUUAAACCUGGGUUGGAUGAUUGCACAUGUAUAGCGAUGCUCGAAGAAACGGUUAGAGAAAUAAGUGCCAAAUUUCCCAAUGAUCAAUUUGUUUUAUAUGGGGAUUUCAAUGCGAGGAUAGGGUGUCUGGAUUGCCUCAGCGGAGACAACCUCUUAGAUAAUGAUUUUCCCUUGGAGCCUCGCGAAUCAAUGGAUCGGGUAGUUAACACAAGAGGCACACUCCUCGUAGAAUCAUUAGAAAAUCUAAGCUUUUUCAAUCUGAAUGGCAGAUAUGAAGAUUACCAGGGGUGUUAUACAUAUAUUGGACGGAUGGGCUGUAGUGUGAUAGAUCUUGUUUGGGUAAAUUUUAGUAGUAGGGACCUAAUAUCAAACUUUUAUGUUAAUAAAACCUUUAUCUCUGAUCAUUUUGGCUGUGUUGUAUCCCUAGAAAACAAAUAUCAGCUGCAUGAAAACACUGAUGUGGAUUUAGUCAACCGCGAUAAAACUAUUAUUAGGUGGGAUCCAAACAAAUCUCAGUCAUAUAGAAAAAUAAUAUCUGAUUAUAAUCUAAACGCAAAUCUAGAUUCUGUAGAAGAAUUAGACG